ACGACCAUAUCUAUCUAUCCAUGUUUUGUACUUUAAUCACGAUUUGGUUUUAAUCUUAAGGUUUCGCAUGACUGGUUAAGAGAAAUGCAUUGUGUCUAAUAAGAUGAAAAAUACUAACAACCCUAUUGGAUAUCGGUUGUUUUGACUAAUAAACACGUCUGUAACGGUGUCACUUGUAAGAGGUAUUAGGAUGUUUUGUUGAGCUAGAACUUAUAAACUUAUAAAUAUUAACUAAAUACACGAAGAUCAGAUAAACUCUACCUUGCUGAACUUCCUGGAUGGUUCAUAUGUAUACACAUAACCUUUAGAUAUUACGUUUCACUUGUAGCAUGAAAUUGCAUUUUCUCUUUAUAAAUUUGUGGGUAUGUGGGGAUUUUUCUGGUUUAACCGGAAGUUUUAUACAGAGAGAAAAUUGAAGGAAAGGAUAUCAUAUCACAUUAUAUGCAGUGACUAUCUAUCUGGGUGUUUGUAAUUCUGUGGAAUAACCUCGCAAGUAGGCAACACGGAGGACACCUAUCACCAAAAUGUCCACUUCAGUUCGGAUGUCCUCUGAUUCUGAUGUCUAUCACAAUGAAAUAGCGUCUGGAAUCCGAGUCAUAUGUUGUCCAAAAACGUUAUGUUGGACGGACAUAAACUGCGAUGUAGUUUCUGCUUUGAAGAAAGAGGGAAUGGUGCCAAACAUUGUCAAAUCACCGAAGGAUGCGUUCCGCAUGGCUUCACAUCUGACCCUGAAUGUCCCAACGGUAAUAGCAGUUUGUGAUCACAAUAAAAACAUUUUAAAGUCGGCUUCUGAAGGUGUAAUACAGGACCACAUGCGAAACAUCAUCCUAGUGAUGUCUCGUCAUGACACCGAGGAUGAGUUUAACAGAUUUGAUAUUACUGUGUUACCAGAUGCUUUGGAUUCUCAAGAACUUGUGGGAAUGAUACGGAUGAAAACAGAAAGCAGGCAUUCUCAUGUUUAUACCAACGGUUUCUUGAAAUGGAAACAACAGAAUGCCAUGACUUUUAAAAACGACGAUGAAGGAUUUUCACAGACAUACAGAAGGACAGUAUCACUUGGCUCUCUCACAAAAGAACUGCAUGAAAGACAAUCACAAAUGGGUGCCUAUGUUCAAAGGGACUUGCGAAUGCGCCCAGAUUCAUCCGGAAACGAAACAAAUCGAUCGAGUAAUGAUGUUAUCGAGGACAUCUUCAUCAAUACCAAAAGUGGAUGUCCUGAAGAAGGACUCCGGGGUGUGUUUGUACGGCAGCGGACAUACGCUAGUCAAGAAAACCAAGCUGAGACGUUUCCUAUAUUUCUGGAGAGGUUCUUGUCUGCAGAUGAGAACGAAAUAGAGCACCAUACCAGAGUGAUCAACACAUCAUUAAUACCCUAUUUCAGGGAAAAAAAUGACUUCGUUUCACUGAUCCAAUUAAUGAAAGGAGGCGACUUAAAAUUACAGAGACAGCUUGCAGAAGUGGCCUUUGAUAUACAGCUGAAAUCCAAAGAUAGAUCAUGUAACAUCGAAAUACUCCUUGUUGGAAUAAACACAUUUGUCGACCUUUGUCAAAGAGAUUAUUCAGACACUGACCUGGUUGAGAAAUAUACACCAAUCCUUCUGAAUACUGUCUCUAUUUUGCUGUCCUGCUUGGUAUUGAGAGAUUCUGACGGAGAUACGAUUCACCAUGUACUCUCCAACUGUUGUCAGGCGCUUACCACAACAUCCGGAGUCAGAGGCAAAGGUCAUACCGCAGCGAACUGCCUGUACCCAAUCACAGAGAUUCUUACAUGCAUUGUACAUCAGCUCCGCAGCAACUCAAAAUUACAGAAGGCAAAAUAUAAGGAUGCUGUUUCCAACAGGAAACUCCACAAAUACGUUCAGAAAAUGUCCUUUCUGGAUAUCUAUUCUUUGUUUCUGGAUAUUUUGCAACGGCUGAAGCAGAAGAGCAUCACUGAAGACGUUCCAACUUUGAAAUACAUGGUCGCAUGUCUCCUGGACAAACACCACAAACAAGCAAAGACCGAACCACUGACUCAUGCCAUCCUCAUGUGUAUAACACAGGGAGUGGUUACGCUAAUAAAGGAUGCCUGUGCUCGGAACGAACAAGGUGUCAGUGAGGAGUUGAACAUCAUGGAACUUCUUGGUGUGAUGGACUUAUAUUUCGACUCUCGGAAAUUCGGACAGGUGAUACGAACCCGCCUGUUGAGAGAAGUGGAAUGCCUGUUGUUCCUCAAAGACAAAGAAUUAGUACACACUGUGUGGUACUGGCAUAACAUCAGCGGUUUGCAGUCACAGCAGUUGCAGAACAAAACGAUAGAAUACAUAGAAACGUUGCUGCAGCCACUCAGUUUCCAGAUUCUUAGAGCAGACUUCGUCCCAAGCAUUGCUUUCUCUCCUGCUUGGUGUACUUUACACGGUACCUCAAUUGGACACCGUGACGUCACUCUGCACUGUCUUCUUCCCAGUUUGCAAUGCCUUCUUGAUGGUUCUAUGGCUGAUUAUAAGGUCAAAGCUAACAAGGACGAAACAAAAUUCGAAAUCAACACUCUGGAAAUCCUUCGGACCAUCCAAGCCGAAGGCAAUCAUCCAGGCAUUUUAGCAUUGCACGCGUACCAAUGUAGACCCAUACCGCUGUUCUUCGUCGUAGAUAGAUACAAAGGGGCAGAUUUGUUUUCUUACCUCCACCAACGUCGGAAGGAUAAGAACUGGAUCAACUUGUCUGCUCUUGCAAAAAUUGCUUCUGAAGUCAUCAGCGCAGUGGAUUUUCUUCAUUUGAAGAAGGUAGUUCAUAGAAACCUCACUGCAUCCAGCUUUGCGCUGGACAGUCGAAGGAGACUAGUUCUGACGGAUUUCAGUAUCGCCAAGCAUGUCGACGCCUCUGAAAUAUCUGUGUCGGACCUUGAAGGGACUGGUGUCCCCACGCGCUGGACGGCCCCAGAGUCCCUGUUGGAGGGACGGUUUGACAUACGGACGGACACGUGGAUGGUCGGACAACUACUGUACGAAAUAUAUACACACGGGUGCCAGCCGUUUGUUGAGCUUUACACCAUCUCUACUGAAAAGGUCAUGGAAUGGGUCGUUUUCCAAAAGCUGACGCCCAAACAAUGGCCGUGCAUCCCGCGUAAUGUGCAUGACGUCAUAUUAAGAUGUGUUCAUAUCGAGGCAGAGGAAAGAGUGACUUUGUCGUCUGUUAGGGGCGUCUUUCUGACCCACAGAUAUUCACCGGCUAAUGCACAGCCACGAUUGCCUGUGAGUCGCGCUUGUGAUGAAGACAGAAUGUACCCAGAUAUCCCUGUCGGCCAAAGGGAGGGAAUGGUCAUAGAACGGGGGAUACCCAAGUUAUUUCUGGAUCUUCGCAAAGGCAGGACAGGGCCUCGAAACUCGUACAUAUACUGGAACGCACGUCGGGUCCAGCGUAUUGUGAGUUCCAACCUUGAGGCGACCCAACAAGAUCUUCUUGCUCCAGAUCAACCCAGUUACACGGCUAAGUCUGGCUACAUUGAAGUGACAGAACCCGUUACACAGGCUUUCGUUGAGAACGUGUAUCCUCUCCUAACCGGACACGUGAUGAAUUGGUUCCAUAUCCGACACUGGCCUGUCGUUGUACAGAAUCAUCCAAGCACAGGAAUAAUGGAUUUCAACUGUACCCUGGUUUAUGGUUGUGAACCCGGAGAAAACAUUCUGGACUUCGCAUUGGCCAAUAGGCUGGGGAAUCCGUCAGCACCAGAAAAAAUGGCAAAGUACUAUGGAAUUGUACAAAGCUUAGCGCGUCUAAUAAGUUGCAUGCAUGCCAAGGACUUCAUCCUCCGAGACUUGUGUGCCGCUAACAUUUACUUCUGCGAGUCGUCAGGCAAGGUUUUUAUUCCGCGUCUUGGUCGGAUUCUUCAUCUUGGCUCAAACUGUACUCUGGACGACAGCAUCUUGUCAGAAAAAGCUCCUAACAGGAACAGAUGGAUGCCAAUCGAAGUCCUGCAGAGCGCGCAGUAUUCCAAACAAAGUGAUAUGUACAUGUUUGCCAUGACAUUGUAUGAAUUUUUCAUGGCUCUGGAUUCAUUUAGUAAAAAUCCAAAUGCUGACAUCCUCAAAACGGUCCCCUUUGCAACUGUCAAGACCAAUCUGCUGUUGGAACACUUAUACAGAGGCGAAACUCCCGAAAAACCUCCUUUGUGUCCAGGCUGGGUGUACGAGAUUAUGCAGAAAUGCUGGGACCGUGAUCGAACCAGGAGACCAGAUAUUGCUGAUGUAGAGCGCAUGCUGCAUGACAGACUGAGCGGGAAAGCAGUGGAGGUCACUUAUGACUAUGAUACCCUACACCAGCCGCCAAAACACAAAAGAACGACUCCUUCUAGCAUCUACAGGAUUGGCCGAGUUCCGUUACGGAGUAAAUCCUGUAAUCAGUUAGUGUCACGUGAUCUCUCAUUUACACCAGUAGAACGUGUAGAAUCCAUGCUGGGUGAUAUGGAUUCCGAAUGUUCGUGUGAUAAGAGCUCAGACUGUGAUAGCUUCAAAAGUGACCUACCAGUUAUUCCUGUGACGAAGAGGUCUGGUGGCGGUCGAAGACGUGUGAGCAAAGAAACAGUGGGCAGCAUGUACGAAUAUAUAGACGAUAAUAGAUCAUCCAGAAUGGAUGUUCAACCUAGAAACGAUCCGAUGUCGAUGUACGAUACAAUCAACGGUCUCACACCGAAGGAAAUUCACAAGAUGAAACAGGAGACUGACAAGAGGAAAGGUUAUGUCCGUAAUCCUGAACAAUCUAGUCACAAAAUUCCUAACCAACCCAAUCGGAACCUGAAUGAGAAAAUGCCAACCCCUGUUGAACAGAUGAUGAACAUUCCUGUCCCAACAAGAAGUGCAACACUUCCUACAAAAAAAUCACAAUGUGUUCAAAUUUUCAACAUUUGAUAACUCGCAUGAUACAAAAUACAAAGACAACGUGCAAAGACACUUGCAUACACAAGAUGUAUACCAAGGGUGUAUAGAAGCCUGAAUACAAUUUAACUAGUAGUUGUGUUAAAAAGAUAGCAGCAUAUAUAUUUAAACUCAAGAUAUAGGAAUACAUGCUAAAUAUAAAAAGGGACAAAUCAUAAUUUGACACCUUCAUGGCCACUGUGUGAUUGUCCGGAUGCCUGUCAAUUACAUUAUUUCUGCGUGAUGGUAAAAUGUACGUUGAUUUACGAUUUGACAUUUCUGCCCGAUGAUUUGACACCUGCCGCUUACAACAUUUCUGCCCUUGGAUUGGCACUUGCCGCUUACAUCAUUUGUUCGUGAUGGUUGAUACAUGUCGCCUACAUCGUUUCUACGUGAUGGUUGACGCCUGCGCUUACAUCGUUUUUACGUGAUGAUUGACGCCUGCGCUUACAUCGUUUCUACGUGAUGGCUGACGCCUGUCACUUACAUCGUUUCUACGUGAUGAUUGACGCCUGCUGUUUAUCGUGUACAUCAAUCUGUUUGAUGGUGUGAUGCCGGACGCUUACAUCAUAUGUGAAAAUACUGACAUACUAAAGUUAUGACAUGUUACAUUUCGCUAUUGUUUUAUUACUGUUACCCACUGUGUUAUAACCUAGGUUUGUGUACAUGUUAUAUUUCACCCGUGUCAUUAUUUUGUUAUCUCUAUCCUGCUUACAUUCGAGCCUGUGAAAUACCAAACAUUUACAUUAAUGCUUUUGUAUAAUCGGACAUUACAGUUUAAUCAAUACCGGUAUGUCUCCCAAACAUAUUUUUCAUUCGUGGUGUACCAAUAUAUCGCCCAACAUUUGUAUUAUAUUAUAGAGCCAAUAUACACUGUAUAUGUAAAUUAUCUUGCCAAGCAUUAUUUACAUUAGUUCUCAAAAUAACCAUCUUUUUAGUGAAUAUCAAGCAAGUACCACGAUCAACGUGUUCAAAAAGUUUGUUAUAUUAAGAAUUAUGAUGGUGCAGCUAAUUAAAAUACAAUUAUGGUUUUUUAUUCUUAUACAAAUAUCUUUUUGACACAAAUAUCAACUCAACAUACAUUUUUACAAUAGAAUUAUUUUUUUCACAAGCAAAAACAAAGACAAUAGUAGAAAGACAUAUUAAAUGGUAACAAUAUGACCUCACGUAAAGGUGUGCUAGACGAGGUCUGGAGCUCGCAAAUAACUAAUGUUUUGUAUGCUGCUAUUAACAUAUAACAAUAUGAAUAUUGUUGCUUUCCGUUAAACUUCAUAUGUCUAAAUAUGAAAGUGCAAAAAAAACAUAACAUUUUCCUUCUAAAUAUCUUUCUUUUAGUGUCAUUUCAGAGAAACGUUAGGUUUCGUUUCAAGUUUAAAAAUAUUUCAUAGAUUAUAUUUAUAUUAGUGUGUUCACUGAUGAAGACAAUCACUUUUUAUUGUUAAUACUCUUUUAAGCUUUUUUACUUUAUAUGUGAAGAGUUAUUUACCGAAUAAAUAAUAGAUAUUCCCACAUUAAAUGGUGUAUACAGCCGAACUUCGUCAUCGUAACCCCAACCCAACCCUAAUUGUCCUAGGUAACGGAGUAUUUUCUAUAGAAUUAUAGAAUUUAUAGGUACGGUCUUUGAGUUGUCAAACUGCGAGAUAAUCAAUAGCAUAUUAUAUGUGAUUUUCCCUUUCUCUAUAUGUGGUUGAUAACAGACAAAACGAGUAAUCAAACAAAUACAAAAGAAGUUUUGGAAGCAUUUAUAUAUAUAUGAUAAUAAAAUACAUUGUAUAUAGUAUUAUUUGGAAAUGAUAUAUGUUUUUCAAACAAUGAAUUCUGCGGUUCCCUCUAUGCGUUUAUGCAUGGCAAGGUUAUUUGAUUAGAAUAGAUAAAGCAGAAUAUUUCUUUCCCAAUCGUUUGUAUUAUUUACUUGAUGAUAUUAUUUUGUUGAAAAGCAUUUUGUAAUGCAAAGCCAGUAAUAAAUGAAUACUCGUAAAAUAUUGUUGAUUGUAAUUUGUACUAAGAACAAUGACAUGUGGAUUUGUCGACAUAAUGGAAAACGAUUCGUACUCUAGCGAAAUAAUUAUUUUAUCGGCAAGUUUUCUGCUAGAAUUUUGUUUACUUUUUCCAUUUUUUUUACCAAGGAAACAAAGCAUACGACUUUAACUAAUUUCAGAAAUUAUAUAAAUUCCAUCUCCAUGAUCAAGGAAAGGGUUUUAUUCCACUGGGAUAAACAAUUAAUCAAUAAAAGUUCUAGAGUA